AUGGAGAGGGCACGGCUGCUGCUGCUGGGUCUGCUGGGGGCACUGACAUCUCUGGGCCUGGUGCUGGGGGAGCCUUCGGAACCCUGGCCCCCACUGGCCUGGGAUAGCACCUUUUGUCACGUGGCAGUCCCCGGAGCCGGGCCGACGGCCGGCCUCAGGUAUCUGAGCUUCCUGAGCCAGGGACCUGCAGGGCUGGGCCUCUUCCAUGCCAGCUGGGAUGGACAGGGGCACCUGCUGGAGUGUGCCCGCCAGGACCAAGCCUCCAUCACCUUCCUCUACCUUACCACCUGUGUCCAGGAGCUGGGCCACAACUCCACCAGCAGGACCAGUGCGAUGGUCACCCCCAGUAGCCCCUUUGCCCGUGCCCCAAACCCUGCCCUGCUGGCAGCUCUGUCAGCUCUUCAGGAAUCCUGGCCGGCCUGCAGUGGGUCCCGGGAGCUCUGGGCAGGAGCCAGAAGGAAGCGGGUGAUCCGGAGCCCCAGGGAAGAGUCUCUCAGCCAGGAGCCCCAGGGCCACGUGGUGGCACCAGUGGACAGGCACCAGAGGGCAAGGAGGGGCUGGACUCUGCCAGGGACACUCUGGUGUGGCUUCGGUGACUCCGCAGAGAACUCCAGCAAGCUGGGAUUCUUCCAAGGCCCAGAUAAGUGCUGCCGGGAACACGACAACUGCGCCCAGAGUAUUGGCCCUUUCCAGUUCAACUAUGGAAUCCGCAACUACCGCCUGCACACCAUCUCCCACUGCCACUGCGACACCAGGUUCAGGCGGUGCUUGCAGAGGCUGCGGGACUCCAUCUCUGACAUCGUGGGCGUCAGCUUCUUCAACCUGCUGCAGAUCCCCUGCUUUGUGCUCAAGAAGGAAGAGGAGUGCGUGGAGUGGCACUGGUGGAGCGGGUGUAAGAAGUAUGACUCUCUACCCCGGGCCCACCUGAGGCCCCAAAAGAGCUAUCAUCACCGGUUGAGCCCACGUCCUCACCGGCAGCGGAGCCAGAAGACAUCCUCGGGGAAGAAGACGUCCAGGAAGCAACAGCUGCUCCCUCCUCUGGGGAAGACUGGGGUGGGGAGUGUGGCUCCUGCCCUGCCAGCCCAGGGCACCCCCAGGUCCCUGGACAGGUGGGAAGUUGGCACCUUGACUACCCCUCCAAGCAACCCGACCCCUGGGCCAGCCUCCACCCCCACCCAUGGGCGGGCAGGACCUCCCUCCCCUCCUGAGAGCACGGCCCCUCCCAAAGAGCCAACAGGCAGGCGCUCCCAGCAGAGCAAGGAUGGAGUGCCCCACAGAGCUAGGGAGCGGCAGCAUGCUAAGAAGAGCUCCAAAGAUGGAGGACCCAGAGCACCAGGGACCCUGGUCCCCACCUGGAGCAACAGCACAGCUUCCCUACCGCACCUGCCCGGCAAAGGGAAGGACCAUCAGGGUGAGGGUUCUGGGGAGACUCUGGGGGAGGAUGGUGGAGGGGAGGUUGGAGUGGAGCGCACCUGCAACAAAAAGAGCUGCCACUGCUAUCAACGCCUGGACCAGUGUGAGAACAGGAUCAGGCCAAAGGAGAGCAAGUUCCAGCUGCACAACCCACACAGCCAUCCCCUCUACCACUGCAACUGUACUCGCCGCCUGGCACGGUUCCUGCGAAAGUCCAGAGGCUUCAACGAAGUGUCUAAUGAGCUCUGGGACCUGCUUCCGACCUCCUGCUUCGAGUUGGUGGCCCCAGAGGACUGCGCCUCGGGCAGUAGCUGUAGUGAAAGUCUCCUGGCCAUCCUGAUGCCCACGAGGCACCUGCAGCAGCUGAGGAGGAAGCAACACCACGUCCAGGGAGAAGGCCCGGAGUGGAAGAAGAUCAAGGAGAAGAGGCGGCGGCGGCAGGAAGAGCUCCAGGUCCCAGGGAAGCUGUUUGAUAUAUGCCUGCAGAUAGUGGCCGCAAGACAGAGGGCUCCCCUCUGA